UUUUUAUGGAAUAAACAAAGGGCAUAGCAUUCCAUCUCUGCUCCACCUUUUCUUCCCACCCUCGCUAGGUGUAUAAAAGCGGGGUGAUUCCACCGUCAGGCACUUCACUCCUUUUCCUCUGCUUGAAAUCGGACUGGGGCGAAAAACCAUACAACUCUAAUCAUGAGCAGGAACUACCUUUCCAAAGGUGAUGAGCUUCGUAGGGGAGACUCUCUGGUGUCCAACAACGGAGAGUUUAAGGCUGUCUUCCAGGGAGAUGGUAACUUUGUGGUCUAUGGCUGGAAGGCUGUCUGGGCUGCAGACACUGCAGGGUCAGACCCUUUCCGCCUGAUCAUGCAGGAUGACUGCAACCUGGUCAUGUACGACAAGGAUGCUAAAGCCAUGUGGCACACAAACACUCACAAAUCUGACUGUAACUUGUGCCGCCUGCAGCUGACCGAUGACGGCAAACUGGUGGUGAACAAGGAUUGUAUUGAAGUCUGGAACUCUGAUAAAUCCACUGGCAUGAAGUGACUCAAGACGUAUGUGAAAGUCAUGUUUGGAGGUCAAUUUGAGUUACCAGUAAACAUACCUGUUGUGUAACCUGGGAUCAAAUAAAAGCAUUUUUGUUCACAAUGCA